CAGCUGCAUUCAGACGUCAUCAUUAUCAUGCUGCAGGUGUUGUUGUCCGUCAGUUUGCUGGUUUUAGCGAUUUCUCAAGCAGCCUCCAUUAAUGAACUCGAUGGUUAUGAUGAUUUAAAUGUGGAAAUAUCCGAGGAGCGUCAAAAAAGGGAAAUAAAGUGUGACCCCGCAACGGAUGAAGGUUGCACUACCAAAAAUCCAUUUGUUAAAGAGAAUCCAAAAAAGAGGAAAUCAAAGGUCAAAAAAGGUGGUUCUAAAUUAAACCCAACCGAUAAAAAGCAACUAUUAAAACGCAGUGGAGGAAUCCCUGGCACAGAAAAAGCAGCUUUGAAAGGUGUAGUUGGCACUGGAGGCACUGGUAGCUUUGAAGCUCAAGGCGGUGGAGGCGUUGAAGGAGGUGGAACUGGCAGACAGUCUAGAGGCGGAGGCGUUGAAGUACAAGGCACGGGAAAGAAUCCGGAAUAAGCUUUGAAGAAGCUAGUUGAUUUAAGUUUUCUUGAAGUGCUGCAAGGAUUUCUAAAAAAUUGGAAUAAAAAAUUGUAAAAUGUAAAAAUGAAUAUGUCAAUCUUGAUUGUUCCUCUACUUGGAUAUGGGGCAAAUGAAUACUUUAAACCUUAAUCAGUAUAUAAAUUCUUAAACAUGCUUGAAAAAAUAUAUUAUUUGG